AUGAGCUACUACAAUAAAGAUAAGAAGACGUUUAAUGAUAUCGAGUUGCCAACCAACCCCAACAUGCCGGCAUGGGUUAUCACGCCUAAAGAAGAGAAGGCUAUCUUUGAGCGCUGGAGAAAGAAAGCAUUCGCUCGAUGCGAUGAUUUGAUCAAAGCGUACAUCGAAUGUUCUAAUAGCUACAAGAAUCCAUUAGAGCUGAUGAAGAAGUGUGAACAAGCCAAUAAAGCAUCUUUGGAUUGUGUGGCUCAAUAUCAAAAGCAAGAAUAUCUCGACAUCGAGCGGGAUAUUUUGAUCAAGGAAAAGGCGGAGAAGAAAAAAAUUUACAAGCGGUAUUUAGAAGAGCAGCAGGCUAAGCUUGCCGAGGAAAAGGGUACCGCCGGAUCGGGGCCGUAA